CACUCUUCCCUCGGCUGUUAAAAACAGACUGAGAUGUGACUUUGCGUGCAGCGGGACGUUCACGCUCAGGAGAGGGUUUUCGGGGAAAAGCUGGUGUAAAGAUGCAACUGUCAUCUGGGCAGGUGUGACUGACUACUUCCAGAAGACUGUCUGAAAAGGCCUUUGCACAAAAGUCAAGCUACUACCUGGCCUGUUUAAUGGACAUGGAAAUGGCAGAUGAGGCCUUCAUCACCCUGGCCACCACAAACUCCUACUGCAAGGGAGCCACAGUGGUGGCGAGCAGUUUACGGCGGCAUGGGACAACUCGCAAGAUCAUUGCCAUGGUCACACCAAACAUCUCAGAACAGUCAAGGCUCGGCCUUGAGAGUGUGUUUGAUGAGGUCAUCCUGGUGGAUGUGAUGGACAGUGAGGACCGCCUCCACCUUUCACUGCUGGGACGUCCUGAGCUCGGUAUCACCUUCACCAAGAUCCAUUGCUGGACUUUGACACAGUACAGCAAGUGUGUCUUUCUGGAUGCUGAUACACUGGUGUUGAGUAAUGUGGACGAGCUGUUUGAGAGAGAGGAGCUGUCCGCGGCGCCUGAUCCCGGCUGGCCCGACUGUUUCAACUCGGGCGUGUUUGUCUUCAGGCCGUCUCUCCACACCCACGCCCGGCUCCUGGAUCAUGCCCUGCAGCAUGGGAGCUACGAUGGAGGGGACCAGGGUCUGUUGAACUCUUUUUUCAGCAGUUGGCCGCUGGAAGACAUCACUAAGCACCUGCCGUUUGUCUACAACCUCAGUGCCAGCUCCAUCUACAGCUACCUCCCUGCUUUCCAACAGUUCGGCCACAAUGCAAAGAUUGUUCAUUUCCUUGGAGGAGUUAAACCCUGGAGCUCCCGUCCGAGGGAUGUCAACCACUCCAGCCCCAUGGGACGGUUUAUGUCUCUGUGGUGGAAGGAAUACCAGAGUCAAACCAGACCAACUCCACCAGGGAACCAGCAUGCCCAAGACUGGGAUAAACCACAGCAGAUCCAAGAACAGGACGCCAAGAUGCCAUUUAGAGAAAACGUGGACGGGUCCAAUUCCCUGCUCACACAUCUCAUACCUCCAACUGAGGAGCCUCAUCAACCGUUUGAACCAAAGAUGCUUGAUGCACAGGACUCGCCUCCGGGUGCAGAGGAUUUGGCGAUGAGCGAAACUGCUGAGGAACCUGGGGAUGCAGACAAAGAGCAGGACGAGCUGGAACGUCGCGCGCUGUGGGAGAAUGGAAAGGCCGACUAUCUGGGCAAAGACGCUUUCCAACACAUCCAGAAGAUGCUGGACUGUUUCCUGGAUUAGAAACCCACACAUGAGAAAAAAAAAACUCUGUGACUACAAGUGUACCAUUCCUGUCUUUCUUCUCGAGGACUGGGAUUGUUUUAAUUCUCAACAUUAAAAAAAAUACUAUAAUGUAAAUUGAAUUAUGACACAACCACAAUUCUUAACAUUAAAAUCUUCUUUUCAACAUGAUGAUAUCAAUAAACUAAAUGAGUAUGA